AUCCAUACAGGAAGCCGUCCAUACGUAACAGCAGCCCAGCUGACUGCGCUGUUUCUCCUGUGUAAACACAGCCACAGUAUGAGACAUGGAUGGCCAGCAUUUAACCAAAGUGGUCCUGCUGGCAUGUGGGUCCUUCAACCCCAUCACCAACAUGCACCUGAGGAUGUUUGAACUGGCUCGAGACCAUCUGGAGGACACAGGUCAGUACAGGGUUGUGAAAGGCAUCAUCUCUCCGGUGGGUGAUGCCUAUAAGAAGAAGGGUUUGAUUGAGGCCCGUCACCGCCUGGAGAUGGCCAAAUUGUCAACAGACAGCUCGGACUGGAUCACAGUUGAUCCCUGGGAGAGCUUGCAGCCAGAGUGGGUGGAGACAGCCAAAGUUGUUAGGCAUUACUAUAAGGAAAUGCUUGAGGCAGAGCAGAAUACCGAUGAUGUGGACACGGUCAAGUACGCCAAAAAGAGACGUAUGGAGGAGAAUCAUUUUGGAGCUUUGUCUCAUCAAAAGAAAGACGGCCUUCAGAUGAUGUUUCUGUGUGGGGCCGAUGUUCUGGAGUCCUUCGGAGUCCCCAACCUGUGGAAGCAGGAGGAUAUCGAUGAAAUUGUCGGCCGCUACGGUAUGGUUUGCAUCACCCGCAGCGGCAGUGACCCCCACAAGUUCAUCCACCAGUCAGACAAGCUGUGGCAGUAUCGCCAGAACAUCCACGUGGUCCGCGAGUGGGUGACCAAUGAGAUCUCAGCCACUCAGGUGCGGCGGUCGCUGCGUCGAGGUCGGAGCGUCAGGUACCUGCUGCCUGACGGCGUGGUUCACUACAUACAAGAACAUGCGCUGUACAGCGCUGAGAGCGAGCAGAGAAAUGCAGGCGUAGUACUGGCACCUAUUCAGAAGAACACAGAAGUCUCCUAAAGCUGAGGACGUUUACUGUUGCAAAACACAGAGAAGAUAGCUCUCUACAUCAAGUGCUGUAUGUUUACUGUGAAUCAAAAUUGGAUAAGCAAUACAGGCAGUUUUGUUUAACUUCCAAAAGUGCCUACUACUAUACAGAACAAUGAUUUUUACUAUUAGGCGUUUUGUUUUUAUAAGUGUGCAUAGACAGAACAGGGUGAAGUGACUGAAGUAAAUUACUCACAAGCAGAAUAACUGAACAGUUGGCUGGGAGGUCAUCUAAAUGUCAAUGCUGUUGUUGAAAAUAGAUCCAGUUCGUGGUUAUUGAAUUAGGGAUUCACCAUUUUGUGUGAAGUAGUCAGCAUACAGUGAAUCACAGACACACAAACUGUGUUGUUAUCCAUUUAUUCUUCACACUUGUGACAAUUCUCCGGUUAAGUUAUAGAAACAUUGCUUCCUGCCUUCUGGUGACUUUUAAAGAUUGAAUAUAUAACAUUUAUACUUCACUAUAUAAUAUGUAAGAAUAGAUUAAUUAAAAUCCCUUUGAAUAUGUACAGAAGAAGCAGGAAAUCUUCUUUAAAGGAAGUCUAGACUUUGUGGGUUUUCCCUUGACAUUCUGUGUAGCUGUAUUCUUGUCAGGGUAGGAACAGUAACCUUUUUCAGUUGAAACAACGCUGUUCAGUG